UGAAAUAGCUCCAAUGGGGCCCCGGCGGAGGAGCUGAGGUCAUCAUCAAAUUUGAAAUAUUUAAAGUGGAUACAAAACUGUUUCAGCGAUGCAGACAAUUAAGUGCGUUGUUGUGGGUGAUGGUGCCAUUGGUAAAACGUGUCUCCUGAUAUCCUACACAACAAACAAAUUUCCAUCUGAGUAUGUACCGACUGUUUUUGACAACUAUGCUGUCACAGUUAUGAUUGGUGGAGAGCCAUAUACUCUUGGACUUUUUGAUACUGCAGGGCAGGAGGAUUAUGACAGAUUACGACCGCUGAGUUAUCCACAAACAGAUGUAUUUCUAGUCUGCUUUUCAGUGGUCUCUUCAUCCUCAUUCGAAAAUGUGAAAGAAAAGUGGGUGCCUGAGAUAACUCACCACUGUCCAAAGACUCCUUUCUUGCUUGUUGGGACCCAAAUUGAUCUCAGAGAUGACCCCUCUACCAUUGAGAAACUUGCCAAGAAUAAACAGAAGCCUAUCACUCCAGAGACUGCUGAAAAACUGGCCCGUGACCUGAAGGCUGUCAAGUAUGUUGAGUGCUCUGCACUCACACAGAAAGGCCUAAAGAAUGUAUUUGAUGAAGCAAUAUUGGCUGCCCUGGAGCCUCCAGAACCAAAGAAGAGCCGCAGGUGUGUGCUGCUAUGAACGUCUCUCCAGAGCCCUUUCUGCACAGCUGGUGUCGGCAUCAUACUAAAAGCAAUGUUUAAGUCAAACUAAAGAUUAAAAAUUAAAAUUCGUUUUUGCAAUAAUGACAAAUGCCCUGCACCCACCCACAUGCACUUGUGUGAGACAAGGCCCAUAGGUAUGGCCCCCUUCUCCCUCUCAAUACUAGUUAAUUUUGAGUAAUUGUAUAUUGUCAGAAAAGUGAUCAGUACUAGUUUUUGUUUUGUCGUUUCAAAAAAAAUUAUUAUUAUUAUUUUUCGUUUGUUUAAAAGCAAGGCAUGCUUGUGAUGACUCUGUAACAGACUAAUUUGGGAUGUUGAAGCUGUUCCCGGGUUCCACUCUGGCGAGUAAUCUGGGAUAUCUAGUGUUUUGUUUUGUUUUUUUUUUUCUUUCUUUUUUUUUUGUUUGGGCGGGGGAGUGUGUGUGGGAUUUGUUUAUAUUUAGUCAUUUUUUAAAAAAAAUUCAUUAACCAUUGGACAGCCCUUAAGGGAGGAGGACGGAUUGAUUCCACAUUCCACUUCCUAGAUCUAGUUUAGAGAACAUGUUCCCCACCUGGUGCUCUUAGGAAGGAGUAUAGUAAACGCCUCAUUUAAUAAUAUACUCCUUUUUGAAAGUUGCCUUUUCUCUCCACCCUUGAGUAGGUCCAGUAUUUGAUGAAACUCAUGAAAGUGGGUGGAACCUGUCUUGCCCCUCCUCUUUUCUAGGAUGCACUAUAUAUGUGACUGUGACUCUCAAGGAAAUUUGUUUGCCAUUUGCUGAUUUUUUUUUUUUUUUUUAA